AUGAAUUCUAGAUUAAGCAAGAAAAAUAAACAUAUGCCAUGUUCAGCAUGCAAGCUUCUUCGUAGGCGAUGCACUAAAGAUUGUAUUUUCUUGCCUUAUUUUCCACCUACUGAACCACAUAAAUUUAUUGUUGUUCAUCGUAUUUUUGGUGCUAGCAACAUCGCCAAAAUAUUACAACAGGAGAUACCAAUGGAUAAUAGAGAAGAUGCAGUAAUCAGCAUGGUUUAUGAAGCUACAGCAAGACUCAGAGAUCCAGUUUAUGGCAGUGUAGGCAUUAUUUCUGCCCUCCAGAAACACAUAUUUCACUUACAAUCCGAGUUAAACGAAGCUUCAGCUGAAGCAAUGUCUCUCAGAACACAAUUAUCCGAUGCUUCAACAUCCUUACCCUCAUCCUUAAUGCAAGUUUCUCCAUUCACACCCGAGAACCACGAGUUUCACCAUUCCCAGAACUCGAGCCAGCAAAAUGCAUAUUCUAAUAAUGACUUGCAGCUUAUACUUCCAGAAGCAGCAGACUAUUGUUUCCAACAAGUUCUUCUUCCACUGCCUUACUAGAAGAACAUAUAGUUCUCCCAACACGGACAAUAUAAUGUCAAUAUUUCCUUUUCAUUUAACAAACACAUUCUCAUGUUUUCUCCUUCCAUUGUUGCUCAUCUAGUAAAAAAUUGUAAGAUUAUACUACAGAUACUGCACUGAAC